AUGAUAGUUGAAAAUUGUGAUCAUAAUAUUAGAUCAGUAGAACCGCUUGUACAAUCAUCGGUAGACCCACAACUUCCAACCGCAAAUACUUUACAUACUAUACAAGAAGAACAAACAGAUAUAGGAGGAGAAGAAGAAGAAGAAGGAGAAAACAGUGAUGCUAAUGAAAAUACUAAUUUUCUGUUAUCAAACCAUCCCAGAGUAACAGACGGAUUUAGGAGGAUGAGCGGUUAUUUUAAUAUUUUAGAUAGGGUAUUCCAUCCAAAGAGGUUGCAAAACGUUACUACCGUUAAUGGUGGUGUAAAUAAUGAUGCUAGCAUAGCUGGAAGUAGUAGUAGCGACGGUAACGGUCAACGUAUAGAUACAGAAGCAAGGAACGAGACACCAGCCAAUAAUAUCAUAGCUCAACGCAAUACUCAAAACUUAGAAAUGCAAACAUUACCAAGAACAGGCCAUCAACCGCCGCUAGUUUUAGGUCGGGGAAAUGAUGGUGUUUUUAGUAAUCUAUCAGCUAAACCAGAUGUAAGCAAUAAUGAUGGAGGCCGGAUCUACGAUGGCGAAAUUACAAGUCAAGAUAAGCCACCUACCUAUGAGGAGGCGGCAGCUGAUGCAGUACCACCAUACUGGGAUUUAUCACCUGAAGGUGCAAUGUAUUAUGAUGAGAUUUGUGUUGAUGGAUUACCAGCUGGAAAUUUGGUAAAUUUUAUUUGGAAUGCCAUAGUAAGUGCUAGUUUCCAAUUUUUCGGGUUUUUGAUUACAUAUAUUUUGCAUACGUCACAUGCAGCUAAAGAAGGUUCUCGCUGUGGUUUAGGUAUUACUUUUAUUGGAUAUGGAUGGACCAUGUUGCCUAAUAAUGUCAGCGGAAAAGUAGGGAAAGAUCAUAUUUUGAACAGGUUGGAGUUAAACGAUCCUAACGAACAUAAUGGUGAUAUAAAUUUAUAUUCUUCAGAUUUGGUUACAGAGGAUUCCUUUCAUAGUGGGUUAAAUCAUGGGUAUGAAGAGGAUAAUAGUGUUAAUGGAAAUAAAAAAUUAACAAUAAUUUCGGUUUUAUUAUUCAUUUUAGGUGGCAUUAUUAUCGUUAAAUGCAUUUAUGGGUAUUUUAGAAUUAAAAGAAUAGAAAAAUCAAUCAUUAGACAACAAGAAGAACAUAGUAAUGGAGACUGA